AUGGGGGAUCCAGGCCAGUCCCCUAGUCCCUGGUGCCCCCAUGGCAGUCCCCCAACUCUAAGCAUUCUCACUCUCCUGCUGCUCCUCUGUGGACAUGCUCAUUCUCAGUGCAAGAUCCUCCGCUGCAAUGCUGAGUAUGUAUCUUCCACUCUGAGCCUUAGAGGUGGGGGUUCACCAGGAGCCCUUCGAGGAGGAGGCCGGGGUGGAGGGGUGGGCUCCAGCGGCCUCUGCCGAGCCCUCCGCUCCUACGCGCUCUGCACUCGGCGCACGGCCCGCACCUGCCGCGGGGACCUCGCCUUCCAUUCUGCUGUGCACGGCAUCGAAGACCUGAUGAUCCAGCACAACUGCUCCCGCCAGGGCCCCACGGCCCCUCCCCCACCCCGGGGCCCAGCCCUUCCAGGCGCAGGCCCGGUGCGCUCCUCUGGUCCCCCAGCCCCGGACCCCUGUGACUAUGAAGGCCGGUUUUUCCGGCUGAACGGUCAGCCCCCAGGCUUCUUGCAUUGCGCCUCCUUCGGGGACCCUCACGUGCGCAGCUUCCAUCACCACUUUCACACGUGCCGUGUCCAAGGAGCUUGGCCCUUGCUGGAUAAUGACUUCCUUUUUGUCCAGGCCACCAGCUCCCCCGUGGCAGCGGGGGCCAACGCCACCACCACCCGGAAGCUCACCAUUAUAUUUAAGAACAUGCAGGAAUGCAUUGAUCAGAAGGUCUACCAGGCUGAGGUGGACAAUCUUCCCGCAGCCUUUGAAGAUGGUUCUAUCAAUGGAGGUGACCGACCUGGGGGCUCAAGUUUAUCCAUUCGAACUGCUAACCCUGGGAGCCAUGUGGAGAUCCGAGCUGCCUACAUUGGCACAACUAUAAUCAUUCGGCAGACAGCUGGGCAGCUCUCCUUCUCCAUCAAAGUAGCAGAGGAUGUGGCCAGGGCCUUCUCAGCUGAGCAGGACUUGCAGCUCUGCGUUGGCGGAUGCCCUCCAAGUCAGCGACUCUCACGCUCAGAGCGCAGUCGUCGAGGAGCUAUAACCAUUGAUACUGCCAGACAGCUGUGCAAGGAAGGGCUGCCAGUUGAAGAUGCUUACUUCCAUUCCUGUGUCUUUGAUGUUUUAAUCUCUGGUGACCCCAACUUUACUGUGGCAGCUCAGGCAGCUCUGGAGGAUGCCCGAGCCUUCCUGCCAGACUUGGAAAAACUGCACCUCUUCCCCUCGGAUGCUGGGGUUCCUCUUUCCUCAGCAACCCUCCUAGCCCCACUCCUUUCUGGGGUCUUUGUUCUGUGGCUUUGCAUUCAAUAA